AUGGCCAGCUGUGAAGCAGACUCCCAGAUCGAGGACUGUCCCCAAGAGGCGCUGGUGGCUGAUGAAGUCCCAGGACCAUCAGACAUGGAGGUUUUAUCUGAGAUGCAGGGCACCUGGCCUCGAGGCUGCAGGGCGAGCUGGCCCCGUAGCUCCAGCCAGAGGCGCAGACAAAGCACAGAGCCCAUGAAGAGCUGGGCAGUGGAGUGGCUUCUCGGGCUGAAGAUGAGGCUGAAGAAGCAGCGUGUGUCCACGGUGCUGCCUGAGCACCACAAGGUCUUCAACAGGCUGCUCGAGGAUCCCGUGGUCAAGCGGUUCCUGGCCUGGGACAAGCAGCUGAGUGUAUCUGACAAGUACCUGCUGGCCAUGGUCGUCGCCUACCUCAGCAGAGCCGGCCUCUUCUCCUGGCAGUACAGGCGCAUCCAUUUCUUUGUAGCUCUCUACCUCGCCAACGACAUGGAGGAGGACGAAGAGGACGACGAGCCCCCCAAGCAGGCCAUCUUCUCCUUCCUCUAUGGCAAGGACAACGCCCAGCGGCCCUUCUUCCACAAACUGCGCCUGCAGUUCAUGCGCUGCAUGGGCUGGAAGGCCAGGGUCACCCUGGAGGAGUGUGAGGAGAUCCAAGCCUAUGACCCAGAGCUCUGGGUGUGGGGGCGAGACCGGGCCCUCCUUUGCUAAGCGGCUGCACUGAGACCAGUGGGCACCGGCCAGAGGGCAGGUACGUGCAGGUCCUUGAGGUGGGCUGGCAGAGGGCUGUGUCCAGUCUGCGAGAUCUGGGGGCCCCUUGAGCUGCACUCC